AUGGCCGAAAAUAGCGUAGAAACUGUGAACAGUGUUGAAGAAACUCCCGAUGAAAACCAGACCGCGAUGACCCAGAUAAAAAGCCCAAUCGAUUCGAACCUUUUUCCCCCUGCUAGUAGUAGUAUGUGCGCUGGUAGUGGUACUGAGGAUGAUGCAGCUCGGAGCCACGCUCAGCCUGCUGAGAGCUCCCAACAGAGGUUACGUCCCUCCGGAUGGUACGAAAAGAACUUGAGAAAAGAGAAGGCAGGGUUGAAGUCUGCUUUUACCAGGGCCAGGCGGCAGUUGACAGAGUUAAUUUCAGAUAGUGACACAUUGUUUGCAGAUAGUCAGUUUAUACAGGCAGCAACUAGAAAAGUUGAUGAAGCACAGGAAAGAGCUAUGGGCAAUAUGAGUUCACUGGCUGAUUUGUAUGCGUCUCAAAAUAGAUUCGAAGACUUUGAUAAAGUCACAGCUGAAAUGGAGAAGAUAGAAGAAGAAUUUGCUGAUUCUCAGAAUGCAGCUGAACAGUAUUUCGCAGAAAGAAGAGAAAAGUCGUCAAGCAGUAGAUCGACACCUAGCAUAAUAAGGAAUUGGGAUUCACUUGCGAAUGUUCACCGAUCCCAACAAUUUGGAUCGGCCAUAGAAAUGAUAGAGGAACAUGAAGAAUCGAGCAGAGGCCUACCUGAACCCGAAGAUAGGUCAAAAGACGUCACGACAACAGAAGCUGAUCGCACACCUGACAAGCCUGAUGGUCGCACACUAGAUGAUGUUGGGGUACAACAACCAGCAGUUGUCAUAGACCAUGGUGAGAUAGCCAUGGGUGAGAUUACCAUUGGUGAUAAAGGCCCUGGCGAGAUUGCCAUGGGUGAAAACAAGCCUCGCGGCGGAAAUGGUGCAGCUUCAGUUGAAGAUAAAGGCCCUGGCGAGAUUGCCAUGGGUGAAAACAAGCCUCACGGCGGAAAUGGUGCAGCUUCAGUUGAAGAUAAAGGCCCUGGUGAGAUUGCCAUGGGUGUGCCUGCCAUGGAUGACAGCAAGCCUAGAGGCGGUAAUGGUUCAACUUUAAUUGGUGAUCAAGGGAGAAGCGAUGUCGCUACUGGUACUACAGCCCCUCCACAGCAGAAGAAAGUCGGUCCAGCAGUAACAGUCGUUAAGCAGAAACAGACAACAGAUGAAGAAGCAAGACACAGAAACAGACAAGUGGAGGGUCCUAAGAAGGUCCAGUUUUAUAGUCCAGCCGCGCCUAUUGAUAAUCGUCAGGUUAAGCCUACCCGUCCACCGGAGCCAAUCCAAAAUCAUCCUGUUGCGCAAAAUCGUUUGGUUGCGCCUACUGGAAAUGCUAACGUUGAGCUUUCCCACAGCACUCAAGGUGCAGUGCCUGCAGUUAAUUGCAGUCAGCCGAGUAAGGACAAGAGCCCACUCCGAUUCCAAGGAAAACAGAUUGAUAGCAUUCCAGCAUAUUCGCCCAACAGUUAUGGAGCAAAUAGUCAGCCUACCCGUAUGCCUAACACGAUUAAAGCUGACUGGUCACAACCAUACAACACUAUACAACAUUAUGGCACAGGGGGCCAAGAACCAAGAUACCAGCAGUUCACACAGGACAACAACAUUGGUCAGCCUUCAAUGCUUGAGAAGGACAUGUGGCGACAGCUGAAGAGAGUUUCCAUACCGGUGUUUUCCGGAGACCUGAAGUCUUAUGAAAGUUGGAAAGCAGCCUUUGUAGCAUGCAUCGACAAGGCACCAGCCACUGCAGAAUUCAAGCUUUUGCAUUUGAGGGAGCAUCUGAGAGGUGAAGCGUUGAAAGUGAUUGAAAAUCUUGGGCAUUCAGCAACAGCAUAUCAAGCGGCAAAGGAUAGAUUGGAUCGGAAAUAUGGUGGAUAUAGGAGACAGGUGGCGCUUCACUUCGAGGAAAUCCACAACUUUCGUCCAAUACGACCUGGAAAGCUGAAAGAAGAUGUAGAAAAGUUCGCUGAUUUGUUGGACCUUACAGUCAUAAACCUAAAAGAGUCCGGCCUUUACAGUGACCUCGACAGUCGUCUGUUGUACUCUGUUCUGAUGAAGAAAAUGACUGAAAAGAUGGUUGCCGAGUAUCAUCGUUGGCUUGAUGACUACCAGUAUAAGGAAUCGAUUGAAGUUCUUCAUGCCUGGAUCAUAAAGGAAGCACAAGUCCGAAUUGUAGCUCAUGAAGCUGUUCGUGGGUUUGCCGAUGGUACAGGAGAUGAUAGAAAGAAUGGACAAAGCACAGAUGACGACAGGAGGCACCGAUCAGAUGAUAACUACAAGAAGAAAAAGAGCUUUUUCACAUCCGGGUCAGCAGGAGCAGCAAAACCAGAAUUUAAAAGGGACUGUCCUCUUUCAUCAUGCCAAGAGCAACAUGGCAUAUGGAGUUGCGACAAGUUUAAAGGACUUGAGAUUGACAAGAGAUGGGAUAUGGCGAAGGAGCUAAAACUUUGCUAUAGAUGUCUGGCUAACAGUAAUCACCGUGGUGUUGACUGCAAACGUAGUCGUGUGUGCGGAAUCGAAGGAUGUAAAGAAACACACAAUCGCUUACUGCAUCGAUCCCCAUUGCCAAAAGAAAGUCUUUCAGCCACGAAAGGGGAGAAUAAGAAAGAGAAAAGGCCUGCAGCAAGUGGUGAGAAACCUAGAAGCCAAAACUAUGGAAGUCUUACAACCACAUCUGAUGACAAAGAAGAGUCUGAAUACAUUGCUCUCCGCACUGUUCCAGUAAUUGUGAAGAACGGGAGGAAACGUUUGAAAAUCAACGUACUGUUAGAUGAUGGAAGUACGACAACCUAUAUCAACACAGAAGUUGCUGAAGAGUUGGGACUUAAAGGAGAAGUAAUGAAGACCACAGUCAGCGUGCUCAAUGGAAUGGUAGAAUCUUUCGAGACCACACCUGUUGAGGUUGGAUUAGAGAGUUUGGACAAGCGAAUCGAUAUGAUGAUCACUGCAAGAACUACCGAUAAUGUCACCGGAGAUAUGAAAGCCAUCGACUGGAGAGAUUAUGCGGAUAAGUUUGAACAUCUGAAAGACAUUGCAUUCCCGAAACACGGAAAGAGAGAAACCAUAGAUAUGUUGAUCGGCGUUGACUACCCGGAGUUACACUUCUCACUAAAAGAGGUUGCAGGAAAGAAUGGCGGGCCAAUUGCCAGAAAGACUAGACUUGGAUGGACAUGUGUAGGGUGUCCACAAAAAGAGAUGAAGAAAGAGAGGAAUUUCUUUGUUAAUCGGAAGAAUACUGUCUUAGAGGAGAUUAAUGCUACCAUGAAGCAGUUUUGGGAGAUAGACAGCUCAGGAGCCAAAACCGAGAACCAUGGAAGUAGUCACAUGUCACUGGAGGACAAAGCAGUUUGCACAGUGAUACAGAAGGAGAUGGUGUAUAAGGACAACCGUUAUGAAGUUCCAUUGCCAUGGAGAGAAGGCAGACCUGAACUGCCCGAUAAUAGUCAGAUGGCGGUGCAGAGACUUGCAAGCACGGAACGAAGAUUGCUACGUGAGCCAGAAGUUGCGAAGGCUUACACCGCUACCAUCAAGCAGUAUCUUGAGAAGAACUACGUACGCAAGGUUCCACCAGCUGAAGAGCAGCCACCGUCAAAGUGGUACUUACCGCAUUUCCCAGUUGUCAGGCCUGACAAGUCUACAACGAAAACCCGCAUCGUAUUUGACGCUUCUGCCAAGUUUGAAGGAGUAUCGUUAAAUGACACACUUCAUCAGGGUCCUAAGUUGCAGAAAGACCUAGUCGAUGUCUUACUACGAUUUAGAAAAGAGCCAGUUGCUCUCGUUGGAGAUAUUCAACAGAUGUACCUGCAACUAGAAGUUGAAGCCAAGGAUAGACCUUUCCAGCGGUUCCUAUGGAGAGAUCUAGACACAACCAGAGCCCCAGAAGAAUAUGAGUUCAACAGAGUGGUGUUUGGAAUCAAUUCGUCGCCGUUCCUCGCACAGUUCGUCGCCCAAGAGCAUGCCAAACGCCAUAGAUCAAUCUUCCCUUUAGCCUCGGACACCAUACUCAAGUCGACUUUCAUAGAUGACUCAAUGGAUUCUGUACUGAACGAUACAGAGGGUGUGAAGCUGUAUCAUGAGUUGGAUGAACUCUGGCACAAGGCUGGGAUGUACUGCAGAAAAUGGCUGUCGAACUCCUUAACCGUGUUAGCUGAGAUUCCAGAAGAAGACAGGGCAGCUGAAAUAAGUUUAGACGAAGGGGAGCUUCCUUCCACGAAGACUCUUGGUGUUCUCUGGCAGGCGAAAGAAGAUCAGUUCAGCUUCACUGCCACACCAGUCGAAGACAACUUCACCUUAACUAAGAGGACAUUCCUGCAAAAGUUGGCCAAAGUCUUUGACCCAAUGGGUUUCAUAUCGCCCUACAUCAUACGCGGAAAGAUACUUAUGCAAGAGAUUUGGACGACUGGAGUUGGAUGGGACGAUCGGAAUCUUGAAUGCCUUGAGCAGAAGGCACAGUGCUGGUUUGAUGAUCUUCGAGAUUUAGGACUCAUAAAGAUCCCGAGAUGCCUCAGACUGGAUUCAACUGAGAAGCUGUUGAGCAUCGAAGUCCAUGCAUUCUCUGAUGCGUCGCAGGAUGCUUAUGGUGCUGUACUUUAUGAGAGAACAAUCUACGAGGGAGGACUAAUCAUAUCACAUUUUAUAGUUUCGAAGACUACAGUUGCCCCAUUGGCUGCAACCAGCAUUCCGAGACUUGAGCUGAUGGGAGCGACACUCGCCUUGCAUUUGACUAUGUCCGUAAUCGCAGCCUUGCAGCUACCAAUGCAGGACGUAACCUUUUGGAGCGAUAGUGCUAAUGUUCUGUGGUGGAUUAGGGGUAGGAGCAGACAGUUUAAACCGUUUGUCGCACACCGUAUCGGAGAGAUACAGACUCAGACCUGCCCAGAUCAGUGGAAGCACGUGCCAACAAAGAUGAAUCCUGCUGACAUCUUAACAAGAGGAGCAAAAGUCAAGGAGUUAUCAGACAACACUCUUUGGUGGAACGGGCCGGAAUUCCUGCUGAAAGAUCAUUCUAAAUGGCCAGAACAGAACUUCGGAGAAGACAAGUCGCCAUCAAGUGAGCGGAAGAAAAGCUCAAAUGGAGUUUUUGUUACAUUGCAGAAGGAACCACAACCGCAAGAUAAGGAGAAAAACAAGCAAGAUGUUGAUGAAGGAGUUGCUCAAGACUGGCGUUUAAACCCAGAGCGCUACUCUAGCUGGGUCAGAUUAACCAGAGUUUCUGCUUGGGUCCACCGUUUUGUAGAAAACUGCCAGCAGCCAGUAGGGCAAAGGAGACAUGGCGAACUCGAUGCAGAGGAGAUCCACGACGCCGAACAUCAGUUCAUAAGACAAGCCCAGCUGGAGACCUUUCCGGCCGAGUACAAGGCCGUACAGAAGAAUAAAGCUUUACCAGUUGCCAGUAGGAUUCAGGGACUACGGCCGAUGAUCGAUCAAGAUGGUAUCCUCAGGAGCAACGGCAGACUUGAGAAGGCUGAAUUCCUUGCCUAUGAUGUGCGUUACCCUGUGAUACUGCCACGAAAGAGUUGGGUGACAACGCUGAUCAUAAGAUUUCAUCAUGAACAAGCUAACCAUGCAGCCGGAGUCAAUCACAUCUUAGCGUCAUUGUCUGCAAAGUAUUGGAUACCAGCAGGAAGAGAAGCUAUCCGAGAGUUCGAGAAGUCAUGCUACGAAUGCAGAAGAAGAAAAGCUAAAGCAGCAACACAACUGAUGGCGCCACUCCCAAGAGUUAGACUAAGGCUACCACUCCGAGCCUUUGCUCGAACAUCCGUGGAUUUCGGUGGCCCUUACUUGACGAAGCAGGGCCGUGGCAGGAUCCGAACCAAGCGCUACUUAUGCUUGUUUACUUGCUUGCUGUCCAGAGCCGUACACCUCGAAAUGGCGUUUAGCCUUGACACGGACUCGUUCCUGCAUUGUUUCAACCGGAUGAUGAACCGAAGAGGAGUGCCGUUGGAGAUGUACUCGGAUAAUGGUACAAAUUUCGUCAGUGGAGAAAGGGAGCUGCGGGAAUUGGUCGAGCAGUUUGACGAAGACAUGAUUGAGAGACACGGAGCAGUCAGAGGGAUCAAGUGGACGUUCAACCCUCCCCUCGGGCCACAUUUUGGAGGAGUCCACGAGAUCAUGAUUAAAGCCGCUAAGAAAGCCACUGCAGCAAUCCUGGGGAACGCCGACAUAAACGAUGAAGAGUUGAUGACUGCCUUUAGUGGUGCAGAAGCCCUCUUAAACUCCAGGCCCCUAACUUACCAGUCCGCAGACGUUAAUGACGACACACCAUUAACCCCGAACCACCUGUUACAUGGUCAAAUUGGUGGUGAGUUCGCACCUGCAGCUGCUGAUAACGUCGCCUACAACCCAAGGAAGAGAUGGCGACAUGUUCAACGAUUGCUGAAGCACUUUUGGGGGCGCUGGAUGAAAGAGUGGCUUCCAAUGCUACAUCCAAGAAGCAAAUGGGCCCAGGAGCGAAAGGACAUUGAAGUUGGCGAUAUCGUUCUUGUCGUCAAUCCAGAUACGAACAGAGGAAAGUGGCCGCUUGGACGUGUGGUCGAAGUAUGUCUUGGCGGAGAUGGCCAUGUCAGGGUGGCCAAGGUGCAGAUCGGGAAACACGUGAUGACACGUCCUAUCACCAGACUCUGUCCGCUAGAAUGUGCAUAA